AUGGGAGGUGGGUUUAGGGUUCUGCACUUAGUAAGACCGUUUCUUCCGUUCCUUCCUGAAGUUCAGACUGCUGACAGGAAGGUGCCAUUCAGAGAGAAGGUCAUAUAUACUGUCAUUGCUCUUUUCAUUUUCCUGGUUUGUAGUCAGCUUCCUCUAUAUGGGAUACACUCGACGACGGGUGCAGAUCCGUUCUAUUGGAUGCGUGUUAUCCUUGCUUCAAAUCGUGGAACUGUCAUGGAACUUGGAAUCACUCCCAUUGUGACUUCUGGGCUUGUCAUGCAACUUCUGGCUGGAUCGAAGAUCAUUGAAGUGGACAACAAUGUUCGAGAAGAUCGGGCCCUAUUAAACGGAGCACAAAAGCUACUUGGUAUUUUGAUAGCUGUUGGAGAAGCAGUUGCCUAUGUUCUUUCAGGGAUGUAUGGUAGUGUGGGCCAACUUGGAGUAGGAAAUGCUAUUCUCAUCAUCAUUCAGCUCUUUUUUGCGGGUAUUAUUGUGAUAUGUUUAGAUGAGCUUCUUCAAAAAGGAUAUGGUCUUGGUUCUGGAAUUUCCCUAUUCAUAGCGACUAAUAUCUGUGAAAACAUUAUAUGGAAGGCAUUUAGUCCCACCACCAUUAAUAGUGGACGUGGAGCUGAAUUUGAGGGUGCUGUUAUUGCUCUGUUCCAUUUGUUGAUAACUAGAACAGACAAGGUCCGUGCUCUUCGUGAAGCAUUUUACCGGCAGAAUCUUCCCAAUGUGACAAAUCUUCUUGCUACUGUCUUGAUUUUCCUAAUUGUGAUAUACUUCCAAGGUUUCCGUGUGGUCUUGCCAGUAAGGUCAAAGAAUGCCCGAGGACAGCAGGGUUCUUAUCCAAUAAAACUUUUCUAUACCUCCAACAUGCCCAUUAUUCUUCAGUCUGCUCUUGUUUCCAAUCUCUACUUUAUCUCUCAGCUUCUCCACCGUAAGUACAGUGGAAACUUCAUUGUAAAUCUGUUGGGAAAAUGGAAGGAAUCUGAAUAUGGAGGUGGUCAUUCAAUUCCUGUUGGUGGUAUUGCAUACUACAUCACCGCACCGUCCAGUUUAGCUGAUAUGGCAGCCAAUCCUUUCCAUGCUCUGUUCUAUCUUGUGUUUAUGCUGUCAGCUUGUGCCUUGUUCUCUAAAACAUGGAUUGAGGUUUCUGGUUCGUCUGCCAGGGAUGUUGCGAAGCAGUUGAAGGAACAACAAAUGGUAAUGCCUGGACACCGUGAGUCAAACUUGCAGAAAGAGCUGAACCGAUACAUCCCGACUGCUGCAGCAUUUGGAGGCAUAUGUAUUGGUGCCCUAACAGUAUUGGCAGAUUUUAUGGGGGCAAUAGGUUCAGGGACAGGGAUUUUGCUUGCAGUAACAAUCAUUUAUCAGUACUUCGAAACAUUUGAGAAAGAAAGAGCCAGUGAACUUGGCUUCUUUGGUUUCUAA